AUGGGGCUGCCGGAGAUGUCCCAUAGUCCCGCCUACUAUCAGGAUCUGGGACCCCUCGGACCAACACACACUCGCAACUCGAUCGUCAACCCUUCCACAGCCGCUCGUCAAUCCCAAGAGCGAUCCUCGGUGCUCGGUAACCUUGUCGGCGGGUCCCGUCCUUCCUCUCCCUUGUCAAGCCUCGAGGUCAGUCCCCGCACAUCUGGCUCAAGGGGAUACCGUGUAUAUCAGACCCAAGCCCUGGGAGGAUCGCCCUGGCCGGGGUCAGAUCAUCGGGAAGUGGGAUCCCUCCCGGCCCGAGCCUCUAUCUCGAGUGGUGCACCCAGAGAAGAGCGGACCCGGAGUAGCUGGGCAGACCAGCCGUCAUUGAUGUCGGGGGAACAUUCCAACCCCAGCAUAACUCGCACCCGCAAGCGAGACAUUCCAGAUGAUGAAAUAGUCACCAACGAGGGCCAAGAUGCUCUCUUGAUGCUGUUCCGACUCACAGUUGUCCCUUUAUACGCCUUCGGAGGUGCCCUAUACACCAUCUUCGCCCUCUUCUUCGCCCUCCUUGUCUCACCUUUCCGUCUCUGCUCAUUCUCACCAUACCUCCGUUCAAGAACAUUCGGCUCACAAUUAUGUGACCUGCUCUCUCCCGCCCUUCAUAUCCACGAACGGCUUGUGUGUAUGCAGCCACCACCUGCAGCAAACCGAUCACCAUCAACACAAUGGAUCCAGUCCGAGCCAGACUCCGAUCAGCCAUCAAUCGUAUCCGAACCUAGCGAGGUCUACUCUGUCGGCACAUCAGUCGUCGUCCUAGUCCUAUCGCCAUUCUUCGGCAUUGCAAUACUCCUAUUCGCAUGGACAGCCGCAUUUUUCUGGGUAUUCGCCAUGGUCCUCGGAAACCCAGACGGCACCGAACGCAAAGACGACGGCCGUGCUGCCGUCCUCGGAGUCUGCAAAUGGUGGCGGACAUGGCUUUGCAAAGCCCGCAAAUUAUAA